AUGCUUAAGAUAUGCCUCCUUAUUUUGCUUAUCCAAGAUGAGACAUUUGUUAUUUUGAAGAAUGAAGAUCAGUUUUGUAAGCCUGUCAUUAACAUAGCAGGCUUAGAACUGCAGCAUGAUAAUGCAUUUGAUCAUAAAUUCCAAAUUUUGUCUUAUGGUCUGGUGCUGAAGGACAUCAUAGAACGCUACUUCGUGUCCCCGACGUUGCUUCGAGUGGUCCGCGUGGCGAAGGUGGGACGAGUCCUGCGUCUGGUGAAGGGAGCCAAGGGUAUCAGGACGCUCCUCUUCGCCCUAGCCAUGUCCUUGCCCGCGCUCUUCAACAUCUGUCUGCUGCUCUUCUUGGUUGUGUUCAUCUUCGCAAUCUUCGGCAUGUCAUUCUUCAUGAACGUCAAACACACUGGGGCCUUGGACUCUGUUUACAACUUCGAGACGUUCUUCCAGUCUUUCAUUUUGCUGUUCCAAAUGAUGACGUCAGCUGGGUGGGACGGUGUACUCUCCGGCAUUAUCAAUGAGAGGGACUGCCGGCAGCCUGAUCCGGAGACCGGCGAUCCAGGUAACUGCGGUAACCAAGCGAUCGGUAUAGCCUACCUGAUGGCCUACCUGGUAAUGACCUUCCUCAUCAUUAUCAACAUGUACAUUGCUGUCAUCCUCGAGAAUUAUUCCCAGGCAACAGAAGACGUGGAAGAAGGUCUCACCGACGAUGACUACGAUAUGUACUAUGAGAUCUGGCAGCAGUUCGAUCCCAAAGGCACACAGUUUAUCGAAUUCUCAGCUCUCUCAGAAUUUUUGGACGUGUUAGAGCCUCCCCUUCAGAUUCACAAGCCAAACAAGUACAAAAUCGUGUCAAUGGAUAUCCCCAUUUGCAAAGGAGACCUUGUAUUCUGCGUUGAUAUCCUUGAUGCAUUGACUAAGGACUUCUUCGCUCGUAAAGGAAACCCAAUUGAAGACUCUGGUGAUAUAGGUGAAGUAGGACCUCCUACUGAUAGGCCUGGUUACGAACCAGUGUCCUCAACGCUAUGGCGUCAACGCGAAGAAUAUUGUGCUCGACUAAUACAACAAGCGUGGCGCAAACACCGACAGCAUAAAGAUCUCUCCUCACUCUCUGAAGCUGAUUCCCAAGAAGACUUCAAGCAAGCAGAUACCGCCGUCCUGGUGGAAAGUGAUGGAUAUAUAACAAAAAACGGCCAUAAGGUGGUGAUUCACUCGCGAUCACCAUCGUUGACGUCACGGUCCACAGAUGUGUGA